CCGAUGUGCAGAGGCGGGAAGCUCAGAUCCCUAUGUCGGAGCAGAACAGCACCAGUGAUGGGGAUGCGGAUCCCCAUCACAGCAUGUCUAUGCUCUUGCUACUUGUGCUGGUCUUCUUCAUCAUGGGACUUGUGGGGUUCCUGAUCUGCCAUGUCCUGAAGAAAAAGGGCUAUCGCUGCCGAACCUUUCGCGAUGAGCUAGACCUGGAGCACAAGGAGGUGCUGACGGAGCUGCAGGCCAACGAAGAGGAGGAGCUGAAUGAGGACACAGUGGAGAAGAUAGUGAGAUGUAUCAUUCAGAAUGAAGCAAAUGUGGAGGCCCUGAAGGAGAUGCUUGGGGAUGGUGAAGGGGAUGUGCCAGUGCCCAUGCUCAGCCUUUGUCCACAUCGUAACAGCCAGGAUGGGGGCCUACCACAUCACCACACAGUGCACCUGGGCUCCACGCACGCACCAUGCAUUCACUGCAGCAAGAGGAAGAGACCCCCACUGCACCGCCAAGGCAGAUCCAAGGAUGGCAAAGGCAAGAUGCAUCCAAGAGAGACCACGGUCUUCUCCGUGGGCAGGUUUCAUGUGACCCACAUUGAGAAGAAGCCCAUUUUCGCAGAGCAGCAGGAUGUGUCGCUUCCUGAUGGCAGCAAGGAAGCUGGUGACAGAGACCCGGGAGCCCACAGCAAUGAACAGCUCCAUCAGGAGGGUCUGCAAAAUGGAACCAUCCAGACAGAGGGUUGUCCAAAUGGAACAGGCCAAAGGGAGGAUUCUCCCAAUGCACCAGUCAAGGCAAAUGCUCCCACCAAUGGGCCAGUGGGGAAGAGGUUCGGUAAGACAGGCUCGCUGCAGGACCUUGACCUCCAAGACCUUGCCCCAGGGAAUGGACGUGACCAAAGCAAGGGGGAGGGGCUUCAGGGCCCAGGAGUGCAUGGUGCUGGAGCCCCUGCAGACUUGCAGGAGGAGGUGAAAUGGGCUGAGCCACACAAUGCCCUGCAGGAGGAGGCUGUGCCAGGGGCAGCUAAUGAAACAGCAGACGUUAAAGGGGGCCCAAAUGUGCAAGAAGGAAUCCGAGCUGCCAUUACGGGAAACAAGGAUGCCAACAGGAAAGAAUCCAGAGUGGAGGACAUAGGGCAACAGGAGCAGAACUCUGCAGCGCAGGACCCAGGAGUGACUGUGUGACCUCUCUCUGCUUCCACGCAGACACAACCCACCCCAAGGCGGGCUCAGCGCGAGGAGCCAGCAGGGCCCUAGCGGGGACAGUAGAGGCAAGCCCUGGCCCAGAAGAGCUAAACUGCGCUUGGCAUGGCCAGAGCGACGCAUGGACACGCGGCUUCAUUAAACAAAUGACUGUACUUGGUAACAGACUCAUACCCAUCGGCAAUAGUCACCUGAGCUCCCAGCCCCCCAUCAGCCCUCCCUCAGAGUGCAGGCUGCCCCGUGCGCUGGGGACACCCCACAUUUGGCCCUCUGGGGAACCCCUCCACUUCCCCAGCCAGACUGGCACUGGUAGGAAACCACCAGCCCCAUGGGCCUGGCAUUGGUGCACUGGGCAGGCCCAGCUCCGCAACCUGCACCCUGCUGCUAUACAGAUCUUCCCAGCUCCACCAGCCGACUGGCAGGACACCCGCUCUGUGAGCCUGCCUAGCUGGGGCACUUAGAGCGGCUCAGCCCUGCGCUUCACCCUGGGGCUCGAGGGACAGUCUGAGCCAUAGACACUGGGCUCCAGUCCCAGCUCCACAUCGCAGCUGUGGUGCUUCAGCGACACCCUCCCAAGGGGUGACCCGGGGCCCAGUGCUUCUGAGUCAUUUGUGGUGCUGAGUUCGGAGCUCACCCCCUGGAGGAACCGCUCUGCCCUCUCCUAGCUUCUGCCAUUCCAAGCAUAACCCUUCUUG